CUCACCAAACUUAAAUUUUGAAAAAAAAAAAUUGCACAGAAUAAAACAAGUUUAUCUUGAUCUACAAAUUUUCGGAGAAAAUUUACCACCUUGUAAGUGGUAACGGACUAACGGGUAGACGGUGGUGAGAUGAAUAAAUGAUGAUUGAUAUGUCUUACUACAUGUAUACAAUCAUUACACACUAUGAAUAUUCAUAUCAUCAUCGUACACUUCUAUACUAUCAUAUUAUAAAUAUUAUUUACUGCCAAAUAUUAUCAUUCAUAGUAAUUAGGGGAAAAGUUAUGCAUGACCAAUAAGUAAGUUGGUCACUGACUAUGACUGUUACGGUCGAGAGUGUUGCAUUCUCCUAGAUAAAUAUAGAGAUUUUUUAUUAAAUAUUGUAUGGUUUCGAUCGACUAAAUCAUGUGUUGCUGAUUAACGAACCGUUGGUACAAUUCGAUAGUGAGCAUUUUUCGCUAGUGCACUUUUCACGGUAACUCACAUCACUCUAAUUCGAUAUAUCUCCAACUAAUUAUACGAUGUUACUAACAUGAUAAUGUAUUCGAUUCGGCUCAUCAAUACAAACAAAUAAGAUUGAAUUCCCUUACGGGCGGGGCGUAAGUUGAUAAUAUGAAAUACAAAUUGCCAGCGGGACUAGUUUAAUUAAUUAUAACGCUGCAAAUAAUAACAGUAAUAAUGACGGUGGUGGUAACUAACAUGCAUGCAUGGGUAAAAUGAGAAGAGAAAUCACCGCCACCGUAGCGGCGUAGAGUAGUUUUGGGGGUAUUUAUUUUUUAUCUGAAGAGGAUUAAAAACCCCAAUGCAAUGCAAUUAUGUGGGCGCAUGAAAAUCUCGUGACAAUUCCACCACCACAAUCCGUGAAAUUAGUAAAUAGCAGGAAUUUUUUAUUCAAAAAAAGAAGAAAAAAGCAGGAUUUUAUUUAAAAUUAAUGGGGUAGUGGAGAAUGCAAUGCGCUGUGUGACAUUAUUAGCAGUAAAACUCACAUGACAUCUACCGUUGGAUGUUGGACUGGACUGGGGCCUGGUCUGGUCUGGGCCAAAUGUAAUUAUUAUUUACUUACUUUUAUUGCGAAGACGUGGCAGCAAGAGAGGUUGGGCCCUGGGCCCACAAUACAAGCAGCCGGAUCCAGUAGUGUUCCUCCAAAGCAAGGAAGGAAGGAAAGAGCUGCCUCUCGUCGUGACGUGUCAUGUCCCCACUGAUAUGGUGACAUGGCUUUCCACCGAGAGUGACACCAAGGUUUCAGUUUUGGCGCGCUCCCAUAUUUCAAAAGGUACUACAGGUAAGUCGACCCAUUUCAUAUUUCAUUCCCCCGAUUAUAAAUAUCUACACAUUUAUAACGGGUCUCCGAUUGUUAAGUUGGUAUAUUGUGAUUAAUACAUGUAUUGUUGAAUUUGAUGUAUUGUAGAUUACAACGACAUUUGGUAUCUGUGUUUGUGUUUUCGAUAUGUUGAAGGGAAAAGUCACUUUUUAAUGGAAAUGUCGGGCUUGGACCCCUGCUUGUAUUGUUUAAAAUUCAUAAAUAUCAUCAUUUGCAAAUCUCAGGUCAAGAUUGUUUAAACAUCCAUAUAGACCCAAAAUAUUUAUAUACAUCUUGUAAUAGUAGUUUGAUUAAAGUUCACUUGAAAUUCGAUACUUAAACAAAUCUAUUUUUUUAUACAAUCUCAUAUUUACUAAGAACCUUAAAACAAUUAUAUCAAUGAUAUUUUUCGAUUAUACAAAUCUUAUAUCGCACUCAACAUGCAGUUUGCAGAGGAGUUUGCACCAAUAUAAUACACACUUGCAAGCUUGUAUUUGAUGAAAUUCAAAAUACAAGUCACAUAGAAAAAUAACCAGGAACAUUGUUUUUUUUUUUUCGUGUUCGAUGAUGGUUGAAAAAUGAUAGUACCUUCUUCAUAAUAGUUAGGUUAGGUCGAUAGCAGGCAUGACUUUAGUGGGCAGGCAGAGAGGUUAGCCCCUCUCGUUCGAUAUAAAAGGAAGGAGAAUAUAUACUAUAACCGUUGAAAAAAAAAAGUAAAAGAAGAAAAAUAUGAAGCUGAUAAGUAGACCUUAUAAUUUACAAAAGGGUUGCAUUGCAAAUAAGUUUGUUGGCUAACUUCACAUCCAAGUUGUAAAGACAAAUUUAAAGGGGACGGUCUACAAUAUCUAUAUGGCUCUUUCACCAACCCAAAAUCACAGUAUAUGUGUAUUUAACUUUGGCGGUUCGCUUGAUGUAUAAGAAACGAAUUUUGGCAUCUAUCUUUAUUUUCAAACCCUUUCCUUUCGUAAUAAAAUAAAUAAAUAAAAUAUCCCCAUUAUAUAAUUUGCGAUAAGAGUAGAUUAAGACUAGGAUUAGAUAGCUGCUUGACUAAUAUAUAUAUAUAUAUAUGAUGCAGUACAACUGCUUCCCACUUAAUCCAAAUGGACAUUUUGUGAGUUCUUAUUCAAUCAAGCAUUACUACUAGCUCAUAGUGUGUAAUUGAUAUCCUAACUAACACCAUGAGGAUACAUAUUAUUGUAAGGAACGAAACAAGAGUGGUCCUUUUCUUUGUGAUCAGAGAGCGGUAAUGGCCGGCACCAACUCACGUGACGCUAUUCAUCCCUAUAGCUAACUCCUUGGCCAUUGGCAACAGUGGGGAAUUUAUUAAUUGGAUAACAUCCAUAGGCCACACAGUACUGGCAGGCAGGCGAGCGGCCGGAUUAUCAGACGCUACGACUAGAAGUUACAGGGUUUCGUUGCAGCUGGUUAGCGAGUAGGGUUCAGGGGCAACGCUCCUGGCCCAUGGUAUAUGGGCUCAAUGUUAUUUUGGGUUCGUGUUCUGAAGUCUAGUCUGUAAUCAGUGGCGGACCCAGAAAUUUUUCAUAGGGGUGUCCUCUUUUAAAAAAUAAAUUAAAUAAAAAUAAAAUCAUAAAUAUGAAAAUAACUUACUCGUACAGGUUAAAAAAGUCCAUGAUGCGUUUUCAUAUUCGAAAAUAAUUGUAGAAUACACUUGGUGUUUAUAG